GCGUAGGAACGAACUUAAAAGUAACGCUACCCUAGAGCGGAGAGGGAAGGAAAAGGGACUUAGAGAGAACGCAACGCGGGUCAGUUGGUUGUGUAUUUAGAGAGAGAGACUGGCUAAGGAUCCAUUCCUCCUCUACUCUAAUCGAAUAAGACGUUCAGGCAGGGCAGGCGUAGCUCCUCCUCCUCUCCUCUCCUCUCCGCCCCUCUCUCCCUCAUUCGUACAGAAGCACGCCGUCUCUCAGAUCCAUCUCUUCCAGUUCCAGGAUACAUAAUCUAUAACAAUGUUCGGUUCUAAUGGCUUUGGACAGUCUGCUAAUAGCCCUUUUGGCUCUCAGCCGGUCUUCGGUCAGACAAGUAAUGCCAACAAUAAUCCUUUUGCCGCCAAACCCUUUGGUGCUACAACUCCUUUUGGUUCACAAACAGCAGGUUCCAUGUUCGGGGGAACUUCAACUGGUAUGUUUGGCACCCCUCAAACAUCCUCACCUUUCUCUGCUGCCCCAACCUUUGGCGCUUCAUCAUCCCCAGCUUUUGGAGCUUCAGCUCCUGCAUUCGCAGCUUCUUCUACACCUUCCUUUUCCAGUUCAUCUGCAUUUGGUGGAUCUUCUGCUUUUGGCCAGAAGCCUGCUUUCGGAGGCUUUGGGUCUAACACUCAAACAAGCCCGUUUGGAAGUACAAGUCAGCCAUCACAGCCUGCAUUUGGGAGUAACUUAUUUGGUUCUACUACACCUUUUGGUACAUCGAGUCAGCCUGCUUUUAGUGCUGCUAGUAAUCCUGGAUUUGGGUCAACAAGCACCCCUGGUUUUGGUUCUAGUAGCACUGCUGCCUUUGGUACAAACACUACCGUGGGCUUUGGUGCUAACAGCACUCCAUCCUUUGGUGUGACUAACAGCCCGGCAUUUGGCUCAACAACAUCAGCAUUUGGUGUGACCAGCAAUCCUGUGUUUGGAUCUGGAGCUUCCUUUGCAACUUCAAGUACACCUGUUUUUGGGAGUACAGGCUCCUCUGGUUUUGGUGCUUCAGGUCCCGCUUUUGGUACUACUCCAAGCGCUCUUGGAUUUGGUGCGUCUUCUAGUACUUCUGCCUUUGGAGGUACCGCUACUCCCUCUUUUGGAAGUACUUCUGCUUUCGGGACUUCAGCUACACCAUCUUUUAGCUUUUCUUCCGGUCCAUCAUUCGGACAAUCGACUUCAGGAUUUAGCAAUACUGCGUUCGGAGCUACAACAUCUCCUUUUAGUUCUCAGACUCAGAGUUCUCCAUUUGGAACGCAAGCUACAACGCCAACUUUCGGGAACACUGGUUUUGGGCAGCCAUCUUUCGCUGGGAAUCGUGGGGGCAGUAGAAUAGCGCCCUAUACUGCUACAGCGGAGACCGACAAUGCCGGAGGACAGCCUGGAAAGUUAGAGUCUAUAGCAGCAAUGCCUGUGUACAAAGAUAAAAGUCAUGAGGAAUUGAGAUGGGAAGAUUAUCAAUUGGGAGAUAAAGGUGGAUCGCAUGCUCCUGGUCAAUCCUCUAGCGGGAUUAACUUUGCUCCAUCUACUGCACAAUCGAAUCCUUUUGCUACAUCAAACACGUUUGGGCAGUCAUCUUCUGGUCUAUUUUCUGCGCCAGUUGCCUCCAAUCCUUUCUCUACAAAACCUUUUGGACCUACAAGUAAUUCUACAUUCAAUCCUUCACCUUUUACAGCUACAACUUCAUCCAACAAUCCUUUCCAGUCAACUUCAGCUUUUGGACAAACAUCAUCUUCUGCAUUUACACCCAGCACAUCGUCAUCACUUUUUGGGUCGACUACGUCUGCUUUUGGUUCAUCACCAUCCCCGUUCAGCUCUAGCACAGUACAAACAAGUCCUUCACCUUUUGGAAGCUUCACAAGUACUCAGCCAUCUCUCUCAUUCACAUCCACCGCGCCUUUAUUUGCACAGACAAGUUCGCCAUUUGGACAAUCUACUGCUGCAUUUGCACCAAAUACUGCCUCUUCCUUUGCCCAGUCAAGCUUGUUUAAUACUCCUGCUGGUUUUAAUUUCUCAAGCACCUCAUCUCUGAUGUCUUCAUCUAACCAAGGGGUAUUUCAGCCAUCUUUAUCACAGUCUGCACCUUUUCAAUUAUCCCAACCUUCUCAGCCUACAGGUGGUCUUAGCUUCAACAAUUAUGCAGGUGGUACAAGCGGUUUAGCUGGUUCAUCAAGCUUUUUCGGUCAGACCAAUUUCGGACCAAUAUCUGCCACUCAGAGUUCUAUUGGGGCUCAACCAACACCUAUCAUGAAUCCAUUUGGAGUACUCCCUGCAAUGCCUCAAAUGUCUAUUGGUCGAGCCGGAACCACACCAUCAGUACAAUACGGGAUUUCUAGCUUGCCUGUCGUUGACAAACCUGCUCCAGUUAGAAUAUCAUCUUUAUUGACUUCUAGGCACCUGUCACAAAGGCGGAUCAGGUUACCAGCGAGGAAAUAUAAUCCUAAGCAUGAUGGUCCAAAGGUUCCAUUUUUCAGUGAUGAAGAAGAAACAACUGGCACACCAAAGGCAGAUGCUCUUCUUAUUCCUCGGGAAAAUCCAAGGGCUCUGGUCAUUCGUCCGAUGGACCAGUGGCCCUUGAGAUCUAGUGCAGAAAAAGCUCCCCCAUUGAAAGAUGCAUUUACUCCUGUAUAUGAGAAUGGCAAAAGAUCAGAGGAUGUGGAUGUUCCUUCUUCAAGUGGUUCCGGUGCUGCUAAUAAAGAUACAGAGGUUGAGAAUGGCCUUAACAAGGAGCGAGUUCAUUCAAAACUCAGCCAGAAACCGAAUGGAGUUCAUGAAGAUAAUUCUGCCCAGAAAGAGGAGUUGUAUAUGACUCUUAGUGGUCACAGAGCAGGUGAAGCUGCAAUUGUUUAUGAGCAUGGGGCUGACAUUGAGGCACUAAUGCCAAAAUUACGGCGAUCCGACUACUACACAGAGCCACGGAUCCAAGAAUUGGCUGCCAAAGAAAGAGCUGAACCGGGGUUCUGCCGCCAUGUGAAGAACUUUGUGGUUGGAAGGCAUGGUUACGGCAGCAUCAAGUUCUUGGGUGAGACAGAUGUGCGGCGGCUUGAUCUAGAGUCCCUUGUGCAAUUUAACAACCGGGAGGUGAUAGUGUACACGGAUGACAGCAAGAAGCCACCUGUUGGACAGGGUCUGAAUAAGCCUGCAGAGGUAACACUUCUAAACAUAAAAUGUCAUGAUAAGAAGACUGGGCGUCAGUAUACAGAAGGUCCCAAAAUUGAGAAAUAUAAGGAAAUGCUGAAGAGAAAGGCUGAGGACCAAGGUGCCGAGUUUGUGUCUUAUGACCCCGUAAAGGGAGAAUGGAAGUUCAAGGUUAACCAUUUCAGCAAAUACAGCCUGGGAGAUGAAGAAGAAGGUAAUUAUGAUGACUGGCUCGUGAUUUCUGCUGGAGAUUGUUCAUAGUCUUGUGUGGAUUUCUGUGGGGAUUUGUACAUGAUGUUUUUGUCAGGUUUGUGAUAUAUUAGUUUGAAUGGUGUGGCUGUGUACUCUAUCACCAAGUGUUGCUAGUUUGCUUUCUCUUUAAUCUCCAUUGCUAUUUUUGCUUCUGUUAAGUUAGUAGGAGCGAAAUCUUAAAUUUUCUGACAUUUGGUAUUAUAUUGUUGUACCUUGGCCUAGCAAAAUGGGAAGUUUGCAUCAAAUGCUACAAGUAAUUGAACACAAAUAAGAUUAUUGUUAUGACUAAAGUGAAGCUUCAUAUAGCGCUUUACAAGUUUGUAAAUAGUUGCUUCUUUUAAUAAUAUAUUUGUGCCCUUUAAUGAUCGACA